AUGUAUCGAAUCGUAUGCUCAUUAUGUUUCGUCUUGGCCAUAAUAUUGUACUCGACCGAGGCUACUCCACUUGACGACUAUGUCAAUACACCCGAUACACAUUUUGCCUGGCAACGUUUGAAAACAUAUGCAUUUCCUACGUACAAACUCUAUAUACUCAACAUGACGUCUCAAAAAUGGUUCGAUGCUUCGUUCUCAUCGCAACCCAUAUGGUGGCACCAUAUGAUUAUUACAGUACCGCGUGUACUUCGACGUUCACAGAUAGCUUUUCUGUUUAUCGAUGGAGGUGACAAUACGGAUCCAAUACCUACCAGCAGUGUUGUUACAGCGCUUGCGUUAAGUACAGGAAGUGUUGCUGUAGAACUAAAACAAGUUCCAAAUCAACCGAUGCGAUUUAUGGCUGAUCCAACUCAACAGUCUCGUACAGAAGAUGCUAUAAUAGCAUGGACUUGGAAGAUAUUUAUUGAACAAAAUGGUACAAAUCCAUACAUUCUUCUUCGUAUGCCGAUGACCAAGGCUGCAGUACGUGCCAUGGAUACAACAGAACAAUUGUUAAAGCAAGAAGGAUUUCCAGUGCCUCAAAAUUUUGUUGUGGCGGGUCUUUCCAAACGUGGAUGGACAACAUGGACAACGGCUGCUGUGAAUAAUCAACGUGUACUAGCAGCGGUUCCUAUUGUUCUGGAUAUUUUGAAUCUUCAGAAGAACAUGAUGCAUCAUUAUCGAUCAUUAGCCGGAUGGACAUUUGCUUUUAAAGAUUAUCACGAAUUGAAUAUCACUCGAUAUCUUAAUAAUCCCAAUUUACAAAAACUGGCUACCAUUGUCGAUCCAUAUUCUUACUUUGAUCGAUAUGCUCAAGUGAAAUUGUUUCAAUUGCAAGGAGCCAACGAUGAGUUCUUUCUACCGGAUAGCGAGGAUUAUUUUUGGGAUGAUUUACAAGUGAAAACUGGUGGUUCAUAUCUCAGACGAAUUCCAAACACAGGACAUAAUAUACAGGGAUAUCAAGAAAGUCUUCAAAGUUUCUAUCUGAGCAUUGCUGAUAAACAAAUUUUACCAUCAUUUAAAUGGACACGAACCAUUAAUGAAACCCAUGGGCAAAUUCUUGCAGUCGUCGAUUUUAGUUCUGGACAACCAAAACCCAUAAAUGUCACAGCUUAUCAGGCUCGAACAGUCACUGGCACUAAACGGGAUUUUCGACAAGCAAAACUAGAUCCUGAUACAGGCAAAAUAAUUUCGAACCCUGUGGUUUGGCUAAAUAUGCCUGUCCAAGUUGAAACACAAACCAGUACAUCGAUUACCUAUUCAUACACUGCACCUUUGCCACCGAAUGGUUAUUGGGAUGGUAUGUUCAUUCAAGUAACAUUUCCUGGACGUGAAAGUACAACAUUGGAUUUAACUACAGAAACUCUGACACUACCGAAUACCUUUCCAGUAGAACCAUGCACUGGAGAAGAUUGCUACGGUAAAUUGUGCUAA